AUGAGGCUGUGGCUAGGAAGCCUGGUUCUCCAGGCUCUGAGGAGUACCCGGGGAUUCUGCAGGCAGCCACCACCUCUACCUGUCCCUCAGAAGAUUGUGGCCACCUGGGAAGCCGUCAGCCUGGGGAGGCAGCCAGUGCCUGAGUACUUCAACUUUGCCCAUGACGUGCUGGACGUGUGGAGCCAGCUGGAAAAGGCUGGGCACCGGCCCCCAAACCCUGCCUUCUGGUGGGUCAAUGGGAUGGGGGCAGAGGUCAAGUGGAGCUUUGAGGAGCUGGGAGUGCAGUCCAGGAAGGCGGCUAACGUGCUGGGGGGCAUGUGUGGCCUGCAGCCUGGGGACAGAAUGAUGCUGGUGCUCCCACGGCUCCCAGAGUGGUGGCUGGUCAGCGUGGCUUGUAUGCGCACGGGGGUCGUCAUGGUUCCAGGCGUCACUCAGCUGACGGAGAAGGACCUCAAGUAUCGGCUGCAAGCGUCCAGGGUCAAGUCCAUCAUCACCAGGGACUCCCUGGCUCCCAGGGUGGACGUCAUUAGCACCAACUGCCCCUCCCUCCAGACCAAGCUGCUGGUGUCAGACAGCAGUCGGCCAGGCUAGGUGAACUUCAGGGAACUUCUCCGGGAGGCAUCCACAGAGCACGACUGCGUGAGGACCAAGAGUCAAGACCCACUGGCCAUUUACUUCACAAGUGGCACCACUGGGACCCCCAAGAUGGUGGAGCACUCCCAGGCCAGCUAUGGUCUGGGUUUUGUGGCCAGUGGAAGGCGAUGGGUGGCCUUGACUGAAUCGGACAUCUUCUGGAACACAACUGACACUGGUUGGGUAAAGGCAGCCUGGACCUUCUUCUUUGCCUGGUCUAACGGUUCUUGCGUUUUUGUGCAUGAGCUGCCCGGAGUUGAUGCCAAGGUUAUCCUGAAUACUCUCUCCAGGCGACCCAUCACCACCCUCUGCUGUGUCCCCACCAUCUUCCGGCUGCUUGUGCAGGAGGAUCUGACCAGGUACCAGUUUCAGAGCCUGAGGCACUGUUUGAGUGGAGGAGGGGCCCUGAAUCCUGACGUGAGGGAGAAGUGGAAGAGCCAGACGGGCCUGGAGCUGCAUGAAGGCUACGGCCAGUCUGAGACAGUUCUAAUCUGUGCCAAUCCAAGAGGCACGAAAAUCAAGUCAGGAUCCAUGGGGAAAGCAUCCCCACUUUACGAUGUGCAGAUUGUGGAUGAUGAGGGCAACAUCCUGCCUCCAGGAGAAGAGGGGAAUAUUGCUAUCCGCAUCAGACCCACCAGGCCCUUCUGUUUCUUCAAUUGCUAUUUGGACAAUCCUGAGAAAACGGCUGCAUCAGAACGAGGGGACUUUUACGUCACGGGGGACCGAGCCCACAGGGACAAGGAUGGCUACUUUUGGUUCAUGGGAAGAAACAACGAUGUGAUCAAUUCCGCAAGCUACCGGAUCGGGCCCGUUGAGGUGGAAAGUGCCCUUGCCGAGCACCCAGCUGUCCUGGAGUCUGCUGUGGUCAGCAGCCCAGACCCCGUCAGAGGAGAGGUAGUAAAGGCGUUUAUAGUCCUUUCUCCAGCCUACUCCUCUCACAGUCCAGAGGAACUAACCCGGGAGCUCCAGGAGCACGUGAAAAGGGUGACUGCUCCGUACAAGUACCCCAGGAGGUAAACAUCGGGGGUGGCCUUUGUUUCAGAACUGCCGAAGACGGUGUCUGGAAAGAUCCAAAGGAAUAAACUGAGAAGCCAAGAGUGGAGGAGAUGAGAAACAACCCCAGAAAGGCCCCACAGGCCUCUGAAGGUUCUAAGGGGAAUUGGUGGGAUCACUGGUUAGUCCUCACUUGGAGCAUCAUUCCUUCAACCCUGUGACAUCAAAGGCUCUCGGCUUCCAAAUGGACAUCUCCAGAAUCACUGGAUGACUCUGGAAGAGAAGAACAUCACUGACCCAGAGCGCAUGGCCCCUGCCCAGCCUAGCAGAUGUUUGGUGGCUCGACUUCCCCCUCUGUCUGGAGGCGUCUUCAGCAGCUGCCCACUGGUCUUACUUCCUAAGAGCUUGCAGCUGGCCCUCCGAGAGACAGGUCACCACAACGUCAGAAUGCUUGUGAUCUCAUUCACUGCCAGUGGGAGUGCAACAACUUGACCCUUUUGAUACAGCCAUUUGAUAAUCAUACCCAGGGCCAUAAAAAAAUGG